AUGGUGCGAAGAGGUUCCAUUGAUACCUAUCAUUGCGAGCCAUGCUUGCCGCAAAAAUACUUCACUCGAUCAGUCUCAAGAUCUUGCGCAAACCAAUCGUCUUUGGCUACACAGCCUGGUGACCAUGUGCCCCUGGUGGAAGAGGUGUCCAGAGCACAGGUUCUGACACCAGAAUCGGAAGUAAAAGAUCCCAUUUCGAGUGUCCAUGAAGAUAAUGGCCAAAUGGUAUCAAGACUUUUCGGCUUGAUAACUCAAUUCUGGAGCCUGGUCAUUCAGGACGAAGCCCUACCGUUGAGCCAAGGCCAGGAUGAGGCAAGGCAAGGCCCCGUCAGCCCUCCCACCACCGUCGCAGAUGAUAUCACAAGCAGAGAAGAGUGUAGUGAUAGCCCAAACUCUAGCCCCGAAUUCGAUGGCGUCGAUGAAUUGCCAUCGGAUGCCGCAAUAUCUGAUGACGAGGAGCUGGAGGCAAGAGACUGCACCCCAGGUCCUCGCGACGGCACAAACCAAACGACAUUCAAUCUCGAAAAUCUCCUGCUGGGAGAAGAACUCAAGAGACUACGGGUCUGGAAAACCGCUUUUUCUAAUGACGACCUGGAUCGCUUGCCAUUCAUCAAACACGAAGUUGCGCAGGGCGUCCUGAAAUGUCUGACUGGGGUGGCAAACACACUGAUAAAGAGCUACAGCGAGCGGCAGGCAUUAUUGAAGUCUGAAGAUUUGGCAGAGUCCCUACAGCAUUUGAUCAAACAGAUUGAGUCAAAGAUCUCAGUAGCUAGUGUUGAAGAUGACGCAAUGACUGAUUGUGAUGGUUUCUCCAUGACUCAGGGGUCAACUUGCACGGUUGAGGAGGAGACUCCUCUAGAGGCCCUCAGGUUUGAUAUUGGCAGGUUGCAGAUGUUGUCUCAGUCACUACGUCUUGGGCUGAGUAACGGUAUCAUUGUCACAGUGAAUGGGUGA